GUGGUGUUUGGUCGGAAGCUUCCUGCCUUCUCCUCCAUAGCUCUGCAGCAGCUGCAGCAUGACAAGAAGUAUGACAUCUACUUCAUGGACGGGGAGGUGUAUGCUCUGUACAGGAAACUGCUGCAGCAUGAAUGCUUCCUGUGUCCAGAUGCAAAGCCCUUCAACACCUUUGCAGACCUGGAACAACACAUGAGGAAGCAGCAUGAGCUCUUCUGUUGCAAGCUGUGUGUCAAACAUCUAAAGAUUUUUACCUAUGAGAGGAAAUGGUAUUCCAGGAAGGACCUGGCCCGGCACAGGAUCCAUGGGGAUCCAGAUGACACCUCCCACCGCGGGCACCCCCUCUGCAAGUUCUGCGACGAGAGGUACCUAGAUAACGACGAGUUACUGAAACACCUCCGCAGGGAUCACUACUUCUGCCACUUCUGUGACUCUGAUGGGGCUCAGGAGUACUACAGUGACUACGAGUACCUGCGGGAGCACUUCCGCGAGAAGCACUUCCUGUGCGAGGAGGGGAGGUGCAGCACAGAGCAGUUCACACAUGCCUUCAGGACAGAGAUUGACUACAAGGCCCACAAAACUGCCUGUCACAGCAAGAGCAGGGCCGAGGCCAGGCAGAACCGCCACAUCGACCUCCAGUUCACGUAUGCUCCCCGGCACCAGCGCCGCACUGAGGGUGUUGUAGGUGCAGAGGACUAUGAAGAAGUUGACAGGUACAACAGGCAGGGGAGGACCAGCAGGUUGGGUGGCAGAGGGAACCAGCAGAACAGGAGAGGCAGCUGGAGGUACAAGAGGGAAGAAGAAGACAGGGAUGUUGCAGCAGCAGUCAGGGCAUCUGUGGCAGCCAAGAGGCAGGAGGAGAAGAAAAGGGUGGAGGACAGAGAGGAUGGCAGCAGCAGCAGCAGAGGGAAGAAGGAGGAUCUGAGGGAUCCUGAUGUGCUCAACUCCAAGCGUGUGCCAAAGCCUCCAAGCGAUGCCACAGAAGCAGCUGCUAACAGUGCUCUUAGCCAAGAUGACUUCCCAGCCAUUGGCUCAGCAGCAGGACCUCUCCAAGGCUCUGCUCAGCCAGCACUGGUUAAGCUUAAAGAAGAAGACUUCCCAAGCUUGUCGUCCUCUGCAGCUCCCACCAUCCCUUCUGGGUUGCCUCUGACAUAUACAGCCACUGCCAAGAAAGCAGCAUUCCAGGAAGAGGAUUUCCCAGCUCUGGUGUCCAAGAUGAAGCCCAACAACAAAACAAUAACCAACAUCACAUCUGCAUGGAACAAUGGUUCCAGUAAAAAUGUGGUCAAAGCCAUCAGCAGCCCCUGUGUCACCCAGGCAGCCAAGAAACCAGCCCUGAACACCUCCAAGGGCAGCAAGAAGAGCAAUAAACUCUGCCAGUCAGAUGAGGAAGACAGUGGCAGUGGUUUGACCACCCAGGAGAUCAGAAACACACCAACCAUGUUUGAUGUCUCCUCCUUGCUAGCAGCUUCUACCUCACAAACUUUUACUAAGGUGGGCAAGAAGAAGAAGGUAGGGGUGGAGAAGCAGAGACCAUCAUCCCCAAGGCUGUCCCAGGAGACACCAUUUCCUAGGUCAUCCCCAGAGAAGCCACUGGAAGCAGGGCAGCCAGCCAAGGUGUCCUCUGCUCCUCAUGGCCCUGACAGACCCACAGCUGUCAUGAAUGGGCACUCAGAAAAGUCCUCAGCAGUCUGUGGUGCACCCAAAGAGCCUCCAGGCCUUAAAAAGCCCCCAGUGACUAAUAAAUGCCCUUUACCUCAGGAAGACUUCCCAGCUCUUGGGAGCUCAGGAUCAGCCAGGAUGCCCCCACCACCAGGCUUUAACUCUGUGGUGCUGCUGAAGAACCCUCCUCCCCCCCCAGGCCUGGCAGUGCCUGUCAGCAAACCCCCCCCAGGCUUUGCUGUGAUUCCACCCCCCAACAUCCCCGAGCCUGGCACCACAGCUCUGAAAGAGCCAAAACCCUGUCAUGGAUCAUACUUGGUACCUGAGAACUUCCAGCAGAGGAACAUCCAACUCAUCCAAUCCAUCAAGGAAUUCCUUCACAGCGAUGAGUCCAAGUUCAACAAGUUUAAAACUCAUUCUGGGCAGUUCAGGCAGGGGCUGAUCUCUGCAGCACAGUACUACAAGAGCUGCCGAGAACUGCUGGGAGAGAACUUCAGGAAGAUCUUUAACGAGUUGCUGGUGCUGCUGCCAGACACAGGGAAGCAGCAGGAACUGCUCUCUGCUCACAAUGACUUCAGGCUCAAGGAAAAACAAAGCUCCAACAAAGCCAAAAAGAACAGAAAGAAUGUGUGGCAGACAGACUCCCACUCGGACCUCGACUGCUGCAUCUGCCCCACAUGUCAGCAGGUGCUGACCCAGCAGGAUGUGGCCACCCACAAAGCUUUGCAUAUUGAGGAUGAGGAGUUCCCUUCCUUACAGGCAAUCAGCAGGAUCAUCAGUUAG